GAUAACAUAUACAACACACAAACAGUUCUAUAAUUCACCCUUGAAUACAUUAUACAAUUAAACAGGGUCUCGGAUGAGUACAUCUUGGAUUGAGGAACCACGCAAUGUAAAAGACCGAAGAUUUUGCAAAAUGGAACACAAAGACGAGACACGACAGAUGAGAGAAACCAGUAAUGAAGCUACAAUCAAGAUUGUUUUCGAUAAACUGGAUGCUAACCAUGAUGGCCAUAUAACACCGGAAGAACUUAUGAAUGGUGGGAAAGGUGUUGGUAUCAAGAUAAACUUAACGAGGGCAACAAAACUAAUCGACGAAAUAGACAAAGAAGGAAAUGGUUUUGUGACCUAUGGUGAAUUUCGAGCAUGUAUGCAAAAAGUAUUAGCGAAAAUUCAAAGAGACAAUGAAAUAUAUAAGAGAUCAUUUAAAAAGUUUGACGCAGAUGGAAAUGGAUUUAUUGAUAAAGAGGAGCUCCGACAGGUAUUAUGUGCUGGCGGUGGACGGAAGAUGUCGGAAGAGGAAGCAGAAGAAUUAUUUAACGAGGCAGAUGUAGAUCAAGAUGGUCAACUCACAUUCGAUGAGUUUGUUGAUUAUUUCUGCAGGAUCUGAUUUGGAAUAUUUUUUACGGAUACAGGAAAAAAUCCGGUGAUUGUGCAAUUCAAGCAGGAAAAUAUAUACAAUCAAGAAAAAGCCCAUUAUUCGUCAUAUAAAUCAUUUUAUAUUUUUACAUAAUUCCAAUGUUGUAUGUAAACUCUUUUUUCAUUGAUGAGUGUCAUGCCAACAGAAAGGUUUAUAAAUAUAUAAACGGAUGAAUUAGGAUCGAAAUAGUUGUAAGUGUUGAUGAUUUUUUUUAUAUGGACAUAACUUUAGUGAAUUAAUCGGAAUUAAUUGUGAUAAAGGUCAUUUUAACACGGCUUGUUGAUGUAGCCAUACUACCAUUCAGACACUCACAAACUUAACAUACAGUUUUUUAGAAUUAAAGUCAAAUGAUACUUCAAA